UCCAACAUGGCGGAAGAGGAGGUGCAGAAGUUGCAGAAGCACCUGUCCCUGCUCAGGCAGGAGUAUGUGAAGAUGCAGCAGAAGCUGGUGGAAACGGAGAGGAGGUGCUCCGUGCUCGCCGCCCAGACGUCUGGUCCCGGUUCUGCCGCCCAGGCCGGCGACUCCUUCAUCAGCCGCCUCAUGGCCAUCGUGGCUGACCUUUACCAGCAGGAGCAGUACAGUGACCUGAAGGUGAAGGUUGGGAAUCAAAGCAUUAACGCCCAUAAGUUUGUGUUGGCCGCCCGCAGUGACAUUUGGAGCUUGACUAAUCUUGCCUCCACAUCAGAACUGGACCUGUCCGAAGCUAAGACGGAUGUUGCCAUGGCGAUGCUACGCUGGGCCUACACGGACGAGCUGGAGCUGAGCGAGGACGACGCCUUCCUCAUCGACCUGAUGAAGCUGGCCAAUCGCUUCCAGCUCCACCUCCUCCGAGAAAGGUGUGAGAAAGGGGUCAUGUCGUCGGUGAACGUGAGGAACUGUAUCCGGUUCUAUCAGACGGCCGAGGAGUUAGACGCCACCACCCUGAUGAAUUACUGUGGGGAGAUCAUCGCUAGUCACUGGGACGAUUUGAGGAAAGAAGACUUCAGUACAAUGGAAGCCCAGCUGCUCUAUAAAAUGAUCAAGUCAAAGACAGAGUAUCCGCUUCACAAAGCCAUAAAGGUGGAACGAGAGGAUGUGGUGUUUCUCUACCUCAUCGAGAUGGACUCACAGUUGCCGGGGAAACUGAAUGAACUGGACAAUAAUGGGGACCUGGCGCUGGACCUGGCUCUGUCCCGGAAGCUGGAGAGCAUCGCCACCACGCUGGUCAACAACAAGGCCGACGUGGACAUGGUGGACCAGAGCGGCUGGAGCCUCCUGCACAAAGCCAUCCAGAGAGGCGAUGAGUUUGCAUCCACGUUCCUGAUCCGUCAUUCGGCCCAGGUGAACGCGGCCACGGUGGGGGCAGUGGAGACGCCCUUGCACUUGGUCUGUUCCUUCAGCCCUAAAAAACACAGCGCGGAGGUGAUGAGCGGAAUGGCCCGCAUAGCAGAGGCCCUACUUAAGGCCGGCGCCAACCCCAACAUGCAGAACAGCAAGGGAAGAACUCCACUACAUGAAGCCAUCUUGUCUGGAAAUGAGCCGGUCUUCAACCAACUCCUGCAGUGCAAACAACUGGACCUGGAACUGAAGGACCACGAGGGGAGCACGGCUCUGUGGCUGGCCCUGCAGUACAUCACCGUCGCCUCCGACACGUACGUCAACCCGUUCGAGGACAGCGCCCCCGUGGUCAACGGAACCUCGUUCGACGAGAAGAGCUUCGCCGUACAGCUCAUUCAGAGAGGGAGCAAUCCCGACGCUCCGGAAUCCACCACAGAGAACUGCCUCAUGCAGAGAGCAGCCAUUGCAGGCAACGAGGGGGCAGCCCUGUUUUUGGCAACCCACGGGGCGAAAGUCAAUCACACUAAUAAAUGGGGGGAAAGUCCUCUCCACACGGCCUGUCGCUGUGGGUUGGCUGGGCUGACGGCGGAGCUCCUCCAACAGGGGGCUAACCCUAACCUCCAGACCAAGAGCCCCCUACCCAGCGCUGGGGAGAGAUGCCAGGGAGUGUCCCUACAGAGCCCCCUGCACCUGGCCAUCAUCCACAACCACCCUGACGUAGUGUCUGUCAUCCUGGAGCAGAAAGCCAACGCCCUUCAUGCCACCAACAACCUGCAGAUUAUUCCAGAUUUCAGUCUUAAAGACUCUAUGGAUCAGACGGUACUGGGCCUGGCGCUCUGGACAGGAAUGCACACGAUUGCCGCCCAGCUCCUGGGCUCGGGCGCGGCCAUUAACGACACCAUGUCGGACGGCCAGACGCUCCUCCACAUGGCCAUCAGGAGACAGGACAGCAAGAGCGCCCUGUUUCUCCUCGAGCACCAGGCAGACAUCAACGUCAGGACCCAGGAGGGACAGACAGCUCUUCAGCUAGCCAUUAGUAAUCAGCUGCCCCUGGUGGUGGAUGCGAUAUGCACACGCGGGGCUGACAUGUCUGUGGUGAAUGAGAAAGGUGACCCCCCACUGUGGCUGGCGCUAGAAAACGGACUGGAGGACAUUGCCUCCACCCUGGUCAGACAUGGCUGUGAUGCGACGUGUUGGAGUUCGGGGCCGAGUGGGUGCCAGCAGACGCUGCUCCACCGAGCCAUUGAUGAGAACAACGAGGUCACAGCCUGCUUCCUCAUCCGCAGUGGUUGCGACGUGAACAGUCCGCGGAAGCCCGGUCCGAACGGUGAGGGCGAUGAGGAGGCUCGUGACGGGCAGACCCCCCUCCACCUGGCCAGCUGUUGGGGUCUGGAGGAAGUGGUGCAGUGCCUUCUGGAGUUUGGCGCCAACGUCAACGCACAGGACGCAGAGGGGCGGGCACCUAUCCACGUUGCCAUUAGCAACCAGCACAGCGUGAUCAUCCAGCUGCUGAUCUCUCACCCUGACAUCCGUCUGAACCUGAGGGACCGGCAGGGCAUGACCCCGUUCGCCUGCGCCAUGACACACAAAAACAACAAAGCAGCUGAAGCCAUCCUCAAGAGAGAGCCAGGCGCCGCCGAACAGGUGGACAAUAAGGGUCGAAACUUCCUCCACGUGGCGGUGCAGAACUCGGACAUCGAGAGCGUGCUGUUCCUGAUCAGCGUUCAGGCGAACGUUAACUCCAGAGUCCAGGACACAGCGAAACUCACACCACUGCACCUGGCAGUUCAGGCCGGCUCUGAGAUCAUCGUCCGAAACCUGCUCCUGGCCGGCGCUAAGGUGAACGAGCUGACCAAACAUCGUCAGACGGCUCUGCACCUGGCGGCGCAGCAGGACCUGGCCACGAUCUGCUCCGUCCUCCUGGAGAACGGAGUCGACUUCGCCGCCGUGGACGAGAACGGCAACAACGCCCUGCAUCUGGCAGUGAUGCAUGGACGUUUGAAUAAUGUGAGAGUUCUUCUCACAGAGUCCACCAUUGAUGCUGAGGCAUACAAUCUCAGGGGUCAAUCGCCGAUGCACGUUCUCGGUCACUAUGGGAAGGAGAACGCGGCGGCCAUCUUCGAGCUGUUUUUGGAAUGCAUGCCAGAGUAUCCUCUGGACAAACCGGAUAAUGAAGGGAAUACAGUUCUUUUACUGGCCUACAUGAAGGGAAAUGCCAACCUGUGCCGUGCCAUCGUGAGGUCUGGAGCUCGACUGGGCGUCAACAACAACCAAGGCGUCAACAUCUUCAACUACCAGGUUGCCACCAAGCAGCUGCUCUUCCGCCUGCUGGAUAUGCUGUCUAAGGAGCCACCGUGGUGUGAUGGGUCUAACUGUUACGAAUGUGCUGCCAAAUUUGGAGUCACCACCAGAAAACACCACUGUCGACACUGUGGGCGUUUGCUUUGCCACAAGUGCUCAGUGAAGGAGAUUCCCAUCAUCAAGUUUGACCUGAACAAGCCUGUGCGCGUGUGUGACAUCUGCUUCGACGUGCUAACUUUGGGCGGGGUCUCUUAACAUGCCCCGGUGGGGGGGGGGAGGGUGAGACGCGUGAGCUUGCCACCGGCCGUGCCAGGCGCACACGGGCUGGGCACAGCGGUGACGAGGAGAGGAAAAACGAGCCCCUGGACAAAAAAAACGUUUGGACCACAACUUCUGUACUAUCCCAGAAACAACAAACAAAUAACGUGUAAUAACAUGUAACUACUAGUGAGACUUUUAUAGCGUUGAUCAAAACUAUAAUACUGAGUGAGUUUGAAGAGGAGAGGACAGUCCAGUACAGCCUUGGGAGAGGAAAUGGGAAAGCGGUAGGAUGAGAAGUGAGACACCCCAGUGCUAACAGUCUCAUUCACAGAGAGGGCUAACUCUUGGUUUUCUUACUGAGGGUGCGAAAUCAAUACGUUUUGUUUCAGAUUUCACAUUAGCAUUUAACAAUCGAAUCAACCUCCCGCAUAAUCGCGCGGUUGCUACCUGUGUACGGUUACCCGUUUGACGCUCAGUAAAAGUGGGAAACCAGCUCAGACGGCGGCCAUUUUGGAUCAGAAUUGGCAGUUUCCUGCUCCAUAGCCGUCAUUGCUCAGAAUCCUGUGAAAAAUGGCUAUUAUUCUAAUUCUCUUAUUUGGUAUGUGACGUUUCCUAUCAUUUCAAUUCAGUUUGAGGAGCACCAAGUACAUGGGAGUUUAGUUGGAAGCGAACGCUGUUCGUUAUGGAAGAUACGAAGAAUGUGCCGUCCCCCGUGAGAACAGUAGCAUUAUCUUUUUGCAGGACCGAAGUUCACCAUAACAAUCCCCGCCCCUCACCCCCCAUUCUUAGUUCAGCCAAUGAUAUGAUUCAUCUGACAUUCAAGCCAAUGUAUGACGAAAAGAACCACACAGGAGAAC